UCUUUUCUCCCGCUGACUUCCGCUUUUUCCCCAGCCGACUUCCGCUGUUGCCCUGGUGACUUCCGCUUUUUCCCCUUUAACUUCCGGUCUCUGGGUGCUGACUCGGCCUUCCUCCGGCGCGGAGAUGAAGCUCCUGAUUCUUGCUGCGUUUGCCCUCUUUUCUGUGGCCCGCUGUGAGGAGGGCGCCAGGCUGCUGGCCUCCAAGUCUCUGCUCAACAGAUACGCAGUGGAGGGCAAAGACCUCACUCUGCAGUACAACAUCUACAACGUCGGCUCCAGUGCUGCUUUAGAUGUGGAGCUGUCGGAUGAUUCCUUCCCCCCGGAGGAUUUUGGCAUCGUCUCUGGGAUGCUCAACGUCAAGUGGGACAGAAUUGCUCCGGCAAGCAAUGUGUCCCACACGGUGGUUCUGCGGCCUCUCAAAGCUGGAUAUUUCAACUUCACCUCUGCUACCAUCACCUACCUGGCACAGGAGGGCGGGCAGGUCGUGGUUGGUUUCACGAGUGCUCCUGGGCAGGGAGGAAUCCUGGCUCAGCGUGAGUUCGACAGGAGGUUCUCCCCUCAUUUUCUGGACUGGGCGGCCUUUGGUGUGAUGACUCUGCCCUCCAUUGGGAUCCCGCUGCUGCUGUGGUACUCGAGCAAGAGAAAAUACGACACCCCCAAGACCAAAAAGAACUGAGAGUGGCCCCGUGGGCCCCCCCAGAGCUCAGGAGAGAGCAGACAGAGCAGCGCAGAGCAGCACCGAGGUGCAGGGGUGUCAGAUCAGCAGCAGCAGCUCCUGCAGAGCGCUGCAUUUCAGCCCUGCUGGUGAGAGGGAGCCCCUGCUGGCACCGCUCUGCUUUUUCUCACUCUUAUUGCAGUGAAGAGUUGCUGGUUUGGUUUUUCUUUGUUGCUCUGGUGAGGGUGGAGGU